GAGAGAGACAGAGAGAAAGGUCUUCCUUUUGCCGUUGGUUCACCCUCCAAUGGCCGCCGCGGCCGGCGCACCGCGCUGAUCUGAUGGCAGGAGCCAGGUGCUUCUCCUGGUCUCCCAUGGGGUGCAGGGCCCAAGCACCUGGGCCAUCCUCCACUGCACUCUGGGGCCACAGCAGAGAGCUGGCCUGGAAGAGGGGCAACCGGGACAGAAUCCGGCGCCCCAACCAGGACUAGAACCCGGUGUGCCGGCGCCGCAAGGCGGAGGAUUAGCCUAGUGAGCCGUGGCGCCGGCCUUUUGAGCCAUUUAUGUCCCCUCUCCGUGUUCAUUCCAAGUGCGCCAGGUGUCUUCACUUCUUCGCCCCCAGUGCUGACAGAUAAACCAGCCACGAGGGCUGUGUGCGCGCAGGUGGAUGGGGGAGGGAGCCUCUGGGGACUGGUGGUUUCAGCCCGGGUCAGCUGAUAUUGACGGACAGCUGCAGGCAGAGGGCUGGGCAGGCACACGCAGCUUAGAGGUCCGGCUGCACGGAGCCGGCUGCUCUCCCUCCUGCUGCGCGCGAUUCCUGCCGCUUUGCCGGGAUGGGGAAUAAGCGCCUUUCCAAGUAACUUCCUUGCAGGAUCAAAAUGAGGGUGAACCACCGCCAGAGGCUGUUGGCCAGGGCCCUUUACGACAACCACCCCGACUGCUCAGACGAGCUGGCUUUCUCCAGAGGGGACAUCCUGACCAUCCUGGAGCAAGACAUGCCAGAAAGCGAGGGCUGGUGGCGGUGCCUGCUGCACGGGAGGCAGGGCCUGGCCCCCGCCAACCGCCUGCAAAUCCUCCCCGAGGCCCCAGCGGACAGGCUCUGCCCCCCACUCCCCAGAGGCCCGGACGAAGCCCUCGAGAGCUCCGAGGAGACCUACCAGGUGCCCAGCCUGCUCCACCCUCUGCCCGAAGGACCCGUGUACGAGCAGAUGAAGGGCUGGGUGGAGGGGCCGCUGCCGCUCACUGACCAAGUCUACGAAUUCCCUGACCCGCCCACAAGCGCCAGAAUCAUCUGUGAAAAGACUCUAAGCUUCCCGAGACAGGCCCUCUUCACGCUUCCCAGACCGGCGUGGGCCUCGCUGCCAGUGCUGCCAUCCCAGGUGUAUGACGUGCCUGCCCAGAGCCGCGUCUUCCCCGCCCAGAAGGAACCGGAGAAGCAGCAGUUAUAUGACAUCCUGCCCAGCCCCCAAAAGGCAGGGUGGUGUCACCCGGCCAGCCAAGCCCACGAGCCGAGCACUGCCCUGACACCAACGAUUGCCUUAAAAAGCGGUGGCUCCCACUCGUUACCAAGCCCUCGGAAGUCGGAAUGGGUUUACGACAACGUGGCAUCCCCAGGAAAGGCCGGCGGCAGAAACCCACCACUAAGGAGCCUGGUGGAAGAGCCAGGCCCUCGUGUGGCCCCCGGGCCUGCAGGCUGCAGAGCCAGGUCCCUCCCUCCGCAGCCGUACGGCAUGGAGAGAAAGCUCAGUCUCCCCGAAGUUCCUCCUCCCGACUCGAGCCCCUCUGGGAAAGGUGCUGGCUACCAGGUGCCUCCCAGCUUCCUGAGCCCGCGAGUGGAGCAGCAGAGCACCAAGCCCAACAUUUACGACAUCCCCAAAGCGAUGCCGGGUGCACAGCAGGCCGAGAAAGAGCUGGGGGGAGCCAAAGAGGCUCCGGAGGCCCCCCUGGGCCAGAAGGCCGCGUGGAUCUCCAGGUGGGCCGCGAGCCCCCCUCCUGAGGCCGACAGGCGCUCCAUCGCCAGCGCCGACAGCAGAGCUAGCGUCGUCUCCUCCUGCUCCUCCAUGUCCACGGACGAGUCCGCCGGCUCUUCCUCGGAAGAGCCAGCGAGGGAGCUGCCCUUGGACCUGGACUUGGCCAGAGAGACCAUCAUGGCGCUGCAGCACAAGGUGGUCAGCUCCACGGCCGGCCUGAUGCUCUUUGUGAGCAGGAAGUGGAGGUUCAGGGACUACCUGGAGGCCAACAUCGGGGCCAUCCGCAGGGCCGCCGAGCACACAGAAGUGUCUUUGAGAGAAUUUCUCGAGUUUGCCCGAGAAGUCUGUGGGAUGGCCUGCAACCUCACGGACAGUAACCUUCAUGCCAGAAUUCGGGAGCAGCUGCAGACGAUCUCCAGCUCCUAUGAGAUCCUGCUAGAAGCCAAGGGAAGCCUGGACAGCUGCGAUUGGUCCCUGGACGUUCUUGUAACAGACAAAGUCCAGAACAGCCUGGAUGACUUGGAGAGAUUUGUCAUGGUGGCGCGGAUGGUUCCGGAAGACAUCAAGAGGUUUGCCUCCAUGGUCAUCGCCAACGGGAGGCUCCUUUUUAAGCAGAACUGUAAAAAGGUGGAGACCACGCAACUGACCACAAAUGCAGAAUGUAAGUGUGAACAAUGCAUCCAGCUUCCCCAGAGAGAAACUGACUCAUACCAGAGGAGCCUUCCUUUUAAUGAGCCAAGGGAAAAUGAACACUGCCCUGACCUAUUGGAAAAGGACGGGAGACAGGACUGUGGGCAGAAGUUGUCUAACCUAGAAGAGAAAGAAAAGCCCACCUCAGAACAAAGGUUAAAUGAAAACAAAGACUCGGGAGGACCGGGUCCUGGCUCUCUUUCUCCCCAGCCUCCGAGCGAGCGGGACCCCAGCAAGAAGCUCCACCUCUCUGAACACUGCCGGCUGUAUUUCGGGGCGCUCUUCAAGGCCCUGGGUGUGUUUCACAGUAGCCUCCGCCACAGCCCCCCGCCCGAGACCUUCAUCACGCAGAGCAAGCUCAUCGUCAUGGCGGGGCAGAAGCUGGUGGACGCGCUGUGCAGGGAGACCCAGGAGAAGGACCUGCGCGACCGGGUGCUGCGCAGCAGCUGCCGCCUCUGCGGGCUGCUCAAGGCCCUGGCCCUGGCCACCAAGGACGCCGUGCUCCAGUACCCGAGCCCCGCAGCCCUGGGCCGCCUGCGGGCCGAGGCCGAGAGGCUGGAGCAGCACACGCGGCAGUUCAGAGGGACGCUGGAGUGAGACCUCCCCGCCGCCUGCUUCCUCGGAGCCUCGGCUCCAGCCGCACACCCACUCUGGGCCACCCCGUCCUGUGGACCGUCCAGCCAGGGCACAGAGACGCGCUGAGCGCCAGCGUUACCGAGAGGCUGAGCAACCCCGGGACACUGACUCACCCCGCGGCGGAUCAGGAAAGAGUCAGGUUUAAGUAAGGACCUUGUGAACCGGCUGUAUCGCGUUGGGUACACGGGGUCAAUGUUCCAAGUGAGGCCAUGGAAAUUGUUUCGUAUACUGGUUAAGUGCAUGUGUGUGCACGUGUGUGCAUGUGUGUGUGUGCAUUUUAAAUUCAUUCCUUCAACAUGUAUUUAUUGAGCACCUACAAUACACCAAGUUCUAGGCACUGGAGACACAGCUGUGAACCAGAGGCCCUGCCCUCAUGGGACUUACAAUCUCAUGAGGGAGACAAAAUGAGGGAGAAACACAAACGUAAAGCAUUGUGUGCAAGGGAGAAAAAGUAGGAGGUGAGUAAGGGAGUUUGUUCUCAAUUCAUGCUGCAUCCAUUAACAAAAUGGUACAGCCUCUUGUCUGUGGUGCUGGCAUUCCCUGUGGGCUCUGAUUUUUAUCCCGGCUGCCCCACUUCUGACCCAGCUCUCUGCUAAUGCACCUGGGAAAGCAGCAGAGGAUGGCCCAAGUGCUUGGGCCCCUGCACUCAUGUGGGAGACCCUGAUAAGGCUCCUGGCUUCGGCCUGGCCCAGCCCCGGCCGUUGCAGCCACCUAGGGAGUGGAACAGCAGAUGUAAGAUCUCUCUGUCUCUGUAACUCCGCCUUUCAGAUCAAUAAGUAAGUCUUUUAAAAAUUGUAAUAAGUUUUUCAUUGUACACUGAAUUAUGUGAAAUUGGUACAAAUUAUGUAUCUAUGUCUUGCAUUAAAAAAUAAUUAUUUUGGCCAUAAGUUUUUAACCUAGUUAAAGAUAUGGAUUGGGGCUAGUGCUGUGACGUAGCAGGUAAAACCACCGCCUGCAGUGCUGGCAUCCCAUAUGGGUGCCAAUUCGAGUCCCGGCUGCUCCACUUCCGAUCCAGCUCCCUGCUAUGGCCUGGGAAAGUAGUGGAGGAUGGCCCACGUGCUUGGGCCCCUGCACCUGCAUGGGAGAGCGGAAAGAAGCUCCUAGCUCCUGGCCAUUGCAGCCAUUUGGGGAGUGAACCAGCAGAUGGAAGACUUUCUCUCUGUGUGUGUGUUUGUAACUCUUUCAAAUAAAUAUAUAAAUCUUUAAAAAAAAAAAAAGAUACAGAUCACAUUUGUAACAUAAUAUGUUCUGUUGGGUUCCCUGCUAUUUUGUCCAUUACAGAUCUGUGUUGAUAAAUUCUACUGCUCAAUUAGAAAAAAAUUUAUAUUUCAACAGCCCCAAAUCUGUCACCACUUUAUAAUAUUAUUUAAAUAAACCCGUGAAGUUGAACCUCAUUGGAAGGGACUUUGGUUCAUGUUGCUGGAGUUCUGGUACCAAAGUCAAGCUUCCGGGGUCAACUUUCAUGAUUCAAAUGCUAACCCUAACCCUGAAGCCUACGGGAAGGUGCAGCAGAUCAGUGCUGAAAACCAAGCCCAUCACCUAUGGUGGUGCAAACAGGAAGGUGCGGUGUGGACAGGAUGCCCACGGCCAGGCACAGAUAUGGAAGUGGCACAAAGCUCCUCUCAAGUCAGCACCUCCUCUUCCUCUCGCUGCAGUGGCAUGUUUGGCUCGUGUUGCUAUGGUUACAUCAUCACGGUCCAGGUCUCAGAGCUCAUCUGAUAACCUCCGUUGCAGCCUGCAGACAGUGUCUCCAGGCUCUAAGUCAUCUGCAGUGGCCCGAGUGCAGCUCCCGUCCACUCUGCCUCUGCAGGGCACAUGCCCGAUACCCCAAGUCCCAGGAGGAACGUGGGUGUCAGCAUGAACCACACUGCUCAUCCAGUUUCCACACAAUGAACCCUUCUUAGCAGUUCUGGGGGUGGCGGGAACCCUCCCCAAGUCCAAGUUCCUGCACGCCAACGCCAGCCUUGCCGAGCAGGGCUUUUUCCCCACCCCCUUAAGAUUUAUUUGAAAGAACGACAGAGUCUCUCUCUCUCUCUCUCUCUCUCUCUCUCUCUCUCUCUCUCUCACACACACACACACACACACACACACACACACACACACACACUGAUCUAUCUGCCUGGGGGAGGCAUUGUCUCCAUCUUCAAGGCUGCUGGCUACACACACCCUUGAAAAGACGGACCAGAGUGAAAUGUCGUUGGUGUUCUGCUCCCGUGUGUGUGGGGAUGCAAGACCCCCAUGGAGAACUGUCUCCAACAGGGUCCCCCUGGAAAAGCCAGCAAUGCUGCUGGAAGAAGGAGGGAUUAUCGCUAGGAAGCAUCCAAUAAAAGCCUAUUGCUGGCCAGUGCCGUGGCUCACCAGGGUAAUCCUCCGCCUUGCGGCGCCGGCACACCGGGUUCUAGUCCCGGUCGGGGCGCUGGAUUCUGUCCCGGUUGCCCCUCUUCCAGGCCAGCUCUCUGCUGUGGCCCGGGAGUGCAGUGGAGGAUGGCCCAGGUGCUUGGGCCCUGCACCCCAUGGGAGACCAGGAGAAGCACCUGGCUCCUGCCAUCGGAUCAGCGCAGCGCGCCGGCCGCGGCAGCCAUUGGAGGGUGAACCAACGGCAAAGGAAGACCUUUCUCUCUGUCUCUCUCUCACUGUCCACUCUGCCUGUCAAAAAAAAAAAAAAAAAAAAAAGCCUAUUGCAACUUAUCUUUCCACCAGCAGAAAAGCAGCAUUUGUUAAAGGAUGGCCACACUUCUGCUGUGCCGUGGCAGCAGUGGUGGUGGUCUGCGUCUGCUGAGUGAUUGCUGCCUGACGACUGGAGCCCACUCAGUCCACACAACCAUCCCCUCCUAAGUGACCUCUCUAGGAGGUAGCAGACACAAAUCCUUUUCCUUUUUUUAUUCCGAAAAUAGCUCAAAGGAUCUUUGUCAACAAUGUACAAAAUUAGUGGGUACAAAAGAAAGAAAAAUGCUGCUCUUAGCUAAAUGUGUUUCCUUCCUUUUUUUUUUUUUUGAAAAAGAGGGGUUCUGUGAGUGACUUUCCACUGAUUAAUUUAAUAGGAGGAGAACUUCUGAAAAAUUAAUAGAAUUUAAUUUUUAAAAAUUUAAUAUAAUUAAACACUUUUAAAAUGUUUUUUUUUUUUUUGUCAAAUUUUUUUUUCUAAGUAUUUUUGUUGAAUGCCCAGAAUCCUGUACCGUUUCCUCCCAAGGAAGGAAGGGGAAAUGGUGGGUGUUGUGGUGAUGAGGGUGGUGGUAACAGUUUGACCUCAAUUAAGUUAAACUUCAUGAAGAGGAUGGAAGGGGUGAGGACUCACUUCGGAGAUCUCCCAGUGUGACGAGUGCCAGGGGCCAUGCCUCUGCUUUGGCUGGUUUGCUGUCAACAUUUCUCUUACAAAGCACCUUUCUGAAAAUUCCAUCUUUGCCACGUGUGCACUCCAGGUCCCCUAACGUUGCCUGUGUGUGUGUCGCACGCUGAGGUGCGUGGAAGCUGUUCCCUCACGCCUCAGUGCACAGGUGUUUACGGGGCACCUCCUCUCCCCCGGCCCGGUCUCUGCUGGCCACUAGAGACACUGCUGCCGGGACCCAAACAGAGGCACUGCAGCUGGGCGCUGUCAUCGCGGCGCGGGAUGGGCACCAGGGCCAGCGAGGGCAGAGCUCUAUCUCCUGGAUCCAAAAUGUAAGGGACUCCGCACCCUUAGUAAUCAGGACGAACAACAUUCUGAUGCAAUAAUUCUUGACUGUAUUUAUUUGAAAGAUAGAGAGAGAUCUUAUCCACUGGUUCAUUCCCCAAAUGACCCAGGGCUGGGUAGGUUGAAGCCAAGAGCCCUGAACUCCAUCUGAGCCUCUCCCAAGUGGGUAACAGCACUCAGUGCUGGAGCCAUCACCAGCUACCUCCCAGGUGAGUGUGCAGGGAGCUGGAUCAGGAACAGAGGCAGAAGCGGCACGCAUGCCCAGGCACUCCGAUCCGCAGCCCAGGCAUCCCACGUGGCAGUUUAACCUGCUGUCUCACCAUGCCCACCCCAUGUGGUACUUCUUCAGAAGUAAAAGUUGAUACAAAACUCCACAGGGAACAAACUAUCAAAAGGAACAAACUAUCAAAAGUUAAACGUAUAACAGGUAUCAGGGUAGCAAGUGCAAUGCAGGAAGGUCGGGACGGGGUAGUGUGAUGGAGGGGUGCCCUCUUCGAUGGAGAGCUGAGGGGAGACCGUUCACAGCAGGGGCCCCGCAGCAGAGUGAUGACUGCCUGGAUGAGGGGCUGGGCACUGGUGGGAGAGGAGGGGGCUGGAGCCUGCCACAGGCAAGAGAAGGAGCCCACGUGAGCUGCGUGGGGUGACGAGGGCCAAUUCAUGUAAGGCGGCAUGCAUUUCUAGGACGUUUUGAAUAUUUCCCUAACACUGCAAGUUGAAAGUAAUUUUUUGUCUUGCAUUGUCUCUGUUGUCACCUCCAUUUUCCAAUUUUAGACUUUUUUUUUUUAACUCUCUCCCAAAUAGAUCUUAAAUGAUGCUUAUAAGAUUCUCUAGGGACUGGCGCUGUGGCUAGGCGGGUUAACGCCCUGGCCUGAAGCACCGGCAUCCCAUAUGGGCACCAGUUCUAGUCCUGGCUGCUCCUCUUCUGAUCCAGCUCUCUGCUAUGACCUGGGAAAGCAGUGGAAGAUGGCCCAAGUCCUUGGGCUCCGCACCCGCAUGGGAGACCUGGAAGAAGCUUCUGGCUCCUGGCUUCGGAUCAGCAUAGCUCCAGCCAUUGCGGCCAAUUGGGGAGUGAACCAGUGGCUGGAAGACCUCUCUCUCUGUCUCUACCUCUCUCUGUAACUCUGUCUUUCAAAUAAAUAAAAUAAAUCUUUAAAAUAAUUUUUAAAAUUCUCUAAUUAUGCCACCUCUUCAGAUGAAUUUUCAGUUUGUUGGCUUUUUCCAGACAGAAUCCUAAGGAUGUUUGCACAGAACUAUCAGGAAAUCAAGCCCUGGACAAUAGAAAAGUUACCUGGGAACUAUGGUAAUAGCGUUUAAAGGACUGAUUCUUCAUCUGGGCCUCGGGGCUGUGAUGGAAUACAAACACGUAUUACUUAUGCAACAUUCCCUACGUGCUGAAAGAUAUUUUUCUAGGGCAUCUGUCUAAAGUUUGCAUUGAAUUCUUAGAUCCAGCGACUCCAGAAAGGUUAAGAAAUACCAGAGGUUUUUUUUUUUAAAGAUUUAUUUAUUUACUUGAAAGGCAGAGUUACAGAAAGAGGGAGGGGUCCUUCAUUCACGAGUUCACUCCCCAAAUGGCCAGGGCUGGGCCAACAUGAAGCCAGGAACCUGGAACUCUGUCCAGGUCUCCCAUGUGGGUGGCAGGGGCCCAAGGACUUGGGCCAUCUUCCACUGCUUUCCCUAAUGCAUUACUAGGGAGCUGGGUCGGAAGUGGAGCUGCCUAGACUCGAACCAGCACUUAUAUUGGAUGCUGUUGUCACAGGUGGUGACUUAACUUGCUGCAGACCUACACAGGCCCCAAGAAAUAGCGGUUUUCCUAGAGGAUGAUGGUUUUCCUAUUUCAUAGUUUCAUUUUCCCCCUUUGUCUCAAACCCACAGCUCAGUGGGGAUAAAGUUGUCCCCAGGGAUCGCUGAAAGGGACUGUCCUCCAUGGCUUCCUUCAGUGAGGGUCCUGGAAGCCGGCAAUAAUGACACCUGCUCCCCGGGGCGGCUGAGUCAGGGAGGGCCGGCAGCCAGCUCUCAACACACACAGUUGCUGUUGGUGAAGAUGAAAAACCACAGGGAAGUUCUAGCUGUCAGAAGCACAAUACAGCCUAGAAACCAAACUUCUCAAAGAGGAAACCAAGGCGGAAGAGAGAAAUCCAGCUGUCCCAGCUGUAACUGGGGCACAACUGGCACCUCACCGCGGAGCACCCUGGCAGGCCUCUCCCGGGGAGUCUGCGGCCGUCCUGGGGA